ACCGAAUCUACUUCGACUGUCACCUCAAUCUUAGUACUGCGCUCGCCUCCCAAAGGAGGCUAUGGGAUGCAGGGAGUUUAAAUUUGUAACCCACUGGCACUGGAACAGGCUGCAACCGUGGGAAUGGCCGUGACCGCUGCUGGCGUCCUCAUCCGCUGUUAGUACAGUCUUCGAACCACAAUACUACCGACAUAAACUUCACUCUGUUUGCACGUAACAAGAGCGGAGGCACGCUCGAUGCCUUCCUAUGCAAAUCCAUCACCCGGAAGCAGCUCAUCCCUACCCUCGUCAAUUAUCCUCCUCAAUGGAGGUUCAGCCGAUUCCAGCGACACUUUCUCUUUCGCCGACUUGGAGGGGAUGAGCUUGCAUGAGCAGCUGGAGUUCCUGGUUAGCCGUUUAGUAAAGGAGAAUCGAAUCAAGGAGGGCGCGGAGAAUUUAUUGAAUAUGCAAUUGACGGAUAGGUUGCGUAAACAGGUUCAGUCCGAACUCGCGGGAGCAAACAGUCGAAUCGAGGCUAUCAAGAAUAAACGAGCAGACAUCCAAUCCACGCUCAAGGUCCAGGCUCAGAAGAAGAAGGAGGAGAAAGAAGAGCCGGAAGGGAAAGGAGAGGACUUUCGCACGUCACUUCAUAAUGCUCAAACAUGUAUAGCGUCCUUGUUGUCGCUAGAAGCAGUAGCACAACCAGCGUUGAAUAAUUCCGGAAGCCCUGGACUUUCGAACCCUUCCAGCCCCGAUUCCGAUCGACUGUGGACCGAAACAAUGUCGAAGCUGGUGGGAAUUCUGCAGAAGAAUGUCCGCGUUUCUUACGAGCUGAAGGUGUCUGAAGUCGUUCAAGCGGUCAUCCCCGCACUUGCAGAUAAACGCUCCCUUCAUUGUCGUGCGAUAGCAUACCGCGUCAUACGACAUGUUCUAGUUGAUGCGGAAUCUGUAAAGAACCUACGCAAACAGGAGAUCGAUUGGUAUAUUGUUAGGUCCCUACAUCGAGAUAAUAAGUUCGCCGCUGAGAAAGAGCAAGUCAUCAAGCUAUUGAGGACCAUCGUUGAAGUCGGAACUUCGGGGCAAGAAAUGCAGAAUGGAGACGAUUGUGGGAUCGUGCCUCUUUCUGAGCCGGUGAUGCGGGCCUUAGUAGCUGUUGCUGAGCAUACAGAAGACCCCUUCAGGCUGAUUUGCAUUGAAACAUUAGCCGAACUGGUUGUGUUGGAUAUAGACCUCGUCGCCAAGACUGGUGGGAUUCGUGUGUUGCUUCAUGUUAUCGGAGAAGGCCCUGUCGAUAUAACCCCCAUUCUCGCCUUCACCUUCCUACAUAUUGUGGAAUCGCCGCGCAGCCGAGCUUACUUGAAUAUAGGCACUGAUCUAGAGAUAGCGUUAUCCACCCUCACGGAUGCAUACGGCAAGGGGCCUGAACAUGCGGAGCGAAUGAAAAGUUGUGUGAAGGUCGUACAACUCAUGCUGAGAACCUGGAGUGGUCUAAUGUAUUUCUGCAUGGAUGAUAUGAGGGCCAUUCGUUCACUAGUUGAUACUCUUCGGAUUCCUUCUUUGGAGACAAGGGACAUUAUAAUCAACAUGUUCUUUGACCUCUUCAAUAUCAACAUUAAAUCUCCUGAAUGGUAUCAGACAUUCAUUACUGGAAAGAGACUCACAAUGUAUCGUUCACGGAAUGGUAAUAAGCUCGAUAAGGGUGAAGCAGAACCGCUUGAGCGAAACUCCCAAACCUUGAAACUCACCGAUCAAUACUUGGCUUUACUCCUUCUUGUUUUUUAUAACGCUGGGCUGUUAGAGGCGUUGACAUCUCUUAUUGAAGAGUCUCCCAUGGCGACUAACUUAACCCGGAAAGCGACUUUACUCAUCGGAGAGAUUCUGCAAAUGUCGAAUCGAAUAUUACCACUCUCAGUUGCCGCCAAAAUUCAGGCAUUGCCACAAGUAUUUGAGAUGGCAUCAGACUAUCACGACGGCGAGAAUAGAAUCGCGAGCACCUCGGUUCUCUCUGCCAUCGAUAGUCUCAAUCGUAAUCGCACCCGCCUGGAGCCUGGUCUCGUCAAGAAAUAUAGGUUACGGUCUAAUUCUGUGGACGAUGCUGUUCGGCGGGGUCAGCGUCAAGUAGAACAAGUGAAGAUCAAGAUCGGGAUGCAAAUGGAUGACAAGACCUUCCAGAAUUUUUUAUUAGAAUCACAGGUUAUGUUUACGAAGGAUCAUGCAAAGUGGAGUUUCGAUAUCAUCCAAGAACUCAUUGAAGGGCCACUACUCAAUGCAAAGCGUAUGGAGGAAGCUAUCAAAGGGACAAGAUUUAUUCGACGACUUAUGUCUUUCUUCCACCCAACCAGUCAUCGUUUCUCAGAUAUGCAUAAAAAUACGGUCAACUCCCGAUGGGUGCGCCUUGGAUGUUCGUUACUCAUCACCUUGAUGGCAAGCAGUGAUGGGGUGCGAUAUCUCUCUUCCGAAGAUGAGUUCAUGUCCCAGAUUGUGAAAUGUUUCGCCCAACUUGAUCCCUUCAAUGGCGCCCCAGAUUCAGAUCCAAUAUUUUCGAAAAGAAGGAUAGGAGAUACCUUGACAUACGGCUAUCUGGAGAUGCUGGGAACCCUCAGCAAACAUAAAGAGGGCAUGGAGAUUCUAGAGAAAUACAACAUAUUUACAGCUUUCUAUCAUCUCAGCGAUCUCAAAAGCCGUGAAGAUCUCAUUAAAGGCAUCAUUGAAAGCCUUGACUACAACAUUGACGGACAUCCUCGUAUCGUACUCUCCAAAGCCCUUACGACAAGCAACAAGCGGAUACAGGUUUUUGCAACACGCCACCUAGGGGAGUUGAUUCGCAAAACACCCACUGCGCAAGCAUGGAUGUUGCGUCUUCUGUUGACACAGUUGUAUGACCCAUCUUUCGAGGUCCGCGAAGAAGCUGUACAGCUGCUCGAGGAGGCCUGCGAGUCUAAAGCGUUCCUUGAGCUUGUCGUCGAGAUGCGUCCAAGGAUGGAUCACCUUGGUGAUAUUGGCAACUCUUUGCUACUGAAGUUCAUGUCGACUCCCAUGGGAUUCCGUUACUUAUUUGAUUCAGGUUACAUCGAUCGCGAAAUGGACAUCUGGUAUAACGAACGGAAUCUGUACUACGUCGUACAGGUCGAAGUCUUUUUGGCACAAGUAUUUAGUAACUCGAACAGCGUAGAAGAUGAAGACCAUAUAACAUUCGAUGCCACAGUACCUCCUCAUUUCUACGGGGAAAUGUCGAAGACCGAAUUCGGAUGCCAAAUUCUGCAAGACAAGGGCCAUUUUACAGACUUUGCUCAAUUUAUAAGGCAGCAUGGGUACGAAAGUGAGGAUCCGGAACUCAUUAUGAAGUUGAAAAGUAUCCUUUGGGCUGUGGGUAAUAUUGGAGCCACGGAGGGAGGUCUCUUCUUCCUGGAGGAAGAGGAAAUCGUUCCAACGGUUAUGGACAUCGCGAAUAACUCACCUAUACCGUCAAUCCGAGGAACUUGCUUCUUCAUCUUAGGACUGAUAUCUUCCACCUCACAAGGCUGCGAAAUCCUCGAUGACUAUCAUUGGGAAGCAACUUUAACUCCGAUGGGAUUACCUACUGGGCUCUGUAUACCUGUUGACGUCGAGAACUUUAUCGCUUUACCUCCAUGGGAACAUCAUUAUCCCGAACCGAAUGAUACGCAACUCAUACCUCCUACCACGGAACCCGAACUUGAAGUACUGACAGCGAUACAGAACCUCGCGAAUACUGUCAUUGCGAAUGCGGCUUCGCGGUCUCUAGCCAGGAUGAAAGCACGGCCAGAAUACAGACCGAUCUUUUCUUCCCCAGUCAUGUUAUACCGAGCUUUACACACAAUCUCGACAUCUAGAUAUCGUCUUCCGGUACGCCGAUACAUCCUGGAUCUAUUCAACGUAGAUUGGGAUGCGGGAGUUGUCAGUGUCUUUGUGGAUUGUGCGACAUCCUUGAAGGCAAAUCCCUCGUAUCGACCACCGCAGUCCGACCUUAACCGCCGUCUCAGCAUGUUCGACAGGGCCCGGACUCAAUCGGAGAGCGAUGCAGAGGACGACGACGACGAAGUAGACCCUAGUCAACCCCCUCCAGCAGUCCCUCAGAAACAACCUGCUAUCAGUUUACGGCCCAUGAGCAAAAUCAUAGGGUUUGCGUCUUGAUCUCGAUACCUAUUCUCUCCUCGUUUUCUUCUCGCUGUCGUUUGAGGACUUGUUAGCCACUGUAUUUUUAUGCAAUUCAGAUCUAGUAAUGUUAUUGGUCGGUUUCCUAC